CAGUUCCCCACUUCUGAAAACGUUCCUUUUCUCCUCUUUUGAGCAAGCUACUCUGAAGCAAAAAAGUUGUAAUUUUUGGAAAACCCUAAUCUUUCACUGUUUUUUUCGCUUUUACAAGAUUUGUUGAAAUCAUGAGAGGAACCAAGCGCUCCGGCUUAUCAGACUCGAAUCCCGACACUUAUGAUUCUGUGUUUGGUAACAAAAGAAUAUUGGCGGGAUCCUCAUUUGAUGUUCAGAGGGCAGAACCAUCUCAACAACAGAAGACAAAAACACCUACACUUGAUACGCACCGGGCCGAGUCCUCUCGGCAGCAUGUGAGAGCACUUAACACUCAAUUUGCAAGUUGGGUGCAGACACAAUUAACCAAUCAUCCAGAUGAACUUUGGGAAGAUGGUGUGCGUGAUUACCUUUCUCACGCGUCAGGUAUUAUGGAAAAGUUCAGUGAUAUUGUCGAGUGGCUCAAAGCAAAUGCUGUUAAAGCAGAAAGUUCACCUGCGACUGGAUCUCCUUCAACUGAAAAGAAAACAGAACUUGAGCGCAAGAAUACUGAUGUAAAACUAUUUCAAGGACCAACUGGUUUUGCACCUACUAGCAUUGCAACCACGAGCAUUGCAACAUCCUGGACAUCUGGUGCAUUCUUCAACCAUCAAGCCCCUAUCAUAUUUGGAUUACAAAAUUCAGUUCCCGCCAAUGGUGUAUCUGUUGGUCAAAUUGCAGUCCCAGCUUCAGAGGACGUGGAUGGCGAAAAUGACGUGGAGCAGCCAAGCAGCCCAUCUGUGAAGAAGUCUGAAGAGAAAGGGGUGGUUGUAGUACAUGAAGUUAAGUGCAAGCUUUAUGUGAAGUCAACCGAUCCAGCCGAUAAAGAUGCAUGGAAAGAUAAGGGCACAGGGCAGCUCUCCAUCAAAUGUAAGGAGGGUGUCAGCAAGGGUACAAAGGAAUCCAAACCAACAAUAGUAAUUCGAAAUGAUGUGGGGAGACUGCUUCUGAAUGCUUUGCUCUAUCCAGGGAUCAAAACAAAUACACAAAAGAAUUCCCUUGUUGCAAUAUUCCAUACCUCGAGUGAAGGCGAUGCAAACGAUAAUGGCGAUAAAGAUACAGUCGUGGCUCGCACAUGCUUGAUCCGGUUAAAAACAGAGGACGAUCGGAACAAGCUAGCAACAGCAAUUCAAGAAUGUGCUCCUGCUUCUUCGCAAUGAUCAAAGGCGGUGUCUCUAUAGGUCCUUUGUAUGAGAGAAUGAAUUUUGUCUGGUUAUUUUUAUUUCCCCCCAUUUGUUCGGGAGGGGGUUUCUUCAGAUCAGUUUAGCAUUCUAAAUUGAUCUCUACGAAAUGAAUCUGCUUCUUAAAAGAGGUCGACUCACAUGAUGUACUAUAAAGAGAAUGAAUGCGGUUUUAUUUUUUUGCAGCAAUACAAUAAUGCAAAAUUUUCUUCU